AGUACACCAGCGUUGGGCGACACGAAACGACGCCCGAUAUUCUCAUAAAAACGACGUCGCGUAAAUCUUUUGUUUUGAUUUCUAUAGCGAUGCAUCCGUUAUGUUUGUUUAAUGAAAAGGUGUGAAAAAAGUGCGGAAAAUUUUACGUAAAGUGAUCUUAUCAGAGUGUGGGAUGGUCUAAUUUUAAACGCCCUAACCCAAAUUGUGCGAUACCUACGCGCUCUGUGUUUGUAAUAAAAAGGGAAAAUAUUUUUUUUUUUUUUUUGGAAAAUUCUCGUAGACCAGCGAUGACAGUGACAGAUCGGCUGAAAAGGUGACUGUGUCGUGUGAAACCGGCCUCGGACGGUACGUGGAUGUUAGUUCGCAGUUGUUGUACGAUAACAGUCGUGAGAUCGGUAUCGAAUGAGAAUGUUGCACCAAAUGGACGCGUAUAGCGAAAAAUUAUCGGCUGGUGGUGGCGCUAGUGUCGUCGUAGGCCCUAUCAGCCCUAAUCAUUCUUCUAUAUUGGAUUCCAACGUAAAUAGGAUGCAUCCCUAUUUGAAACAAGUCGCCAACGGUGCUGUCACUAAAAGUUCCCUGGUCAUGAACAACAACAACAACAACAACUUAACGAACCAAGCCAAUAACAACAACAACAACAACAACAACAACAUCAGUAGUCACAAUAAUAAUUUGUUGAAUGCAACAAACGCGAAUGUGGUGGCGUCGCAAGCCCAAUCGAAAAUCGUCGGGGCCGAACAACAGGAACAACCGGACAGCGACACUAUAAAAAUGUUUGUGGGACAAGUGCCUCGUUCUAUGGAUGAAACUGAACUCCGGAAAAUGUUCGAAGAAUACGGCAGAGUACAUUCUAUAAACGUGUUGAGGGAUAAAGCCACCGGAGCCAGUAAAGGUUGUUGUUUCGUGACAUUUUUCACAAGGAAAGCCGCCCUUCAGGCACAAGACGCUCUGCAUAAUGUGAAAACUUUGAACGGGAUGCAUCAUCCAAUUCAAAUGAAACCGGCCGACAGCGAGAACAGAAACGAACGAAAAUUAUUCGUCGGUAUGUUGAGUAAGAAGCUGUGCGAAAACGACGUGCGCGCCAUCUUCAACGGAUACGGCACCAUCGAAGAAUGCACCGUUUUGAGAGAUCCGGCCGGCAAUUCUCGCGGUUGCGCCUUCGUCACUUUCGCAUCGAAACAAUCCGCCUUAAGUGCCAUAAAAGGUCUUCACCAAUCCCAAACGAUGGAAGGUUGUUCGGCGCCGUUGGUGGUGAAAUUCGCCGAUACGCAAAAAGAAAAGGAAAUGAAAAGGCAACAACAGUUGCAAGCUAACGUUUGGAACGCCCUCGCCGCUCCGACUCUAGCUUCGCCGCCGCAGCAAUUUUCUCCGGUCCUACCGACGGAAACGGCGUCGCUGCAACUGCUCCAAGCUAUGGGCGGCGCCGGUCUAUUGCAACAACAAUUCCUCAACAGUACGGAUAAUCUAUUGGCUCCGAUAGGGAUGCAAAAUCUGGUGACUUUGGCGGCUAUGUCGCAACCGACUACCGCGGCUACCGCCCCUCUGUGUAUGGCCAGUUUGUUGGGGAAGGGCGCGGGGGUCGAAAGGACGCUUAACGCGAGUUUACAUCCAGCGGCGAUUUCGACGCCCGAUUUAUCGUCGUACGGAUCGUUGAUUAGUAACGCUACGAUUAAUGCGGCUGCGCUGGCGGCGGCGGGAAAACAAAUCGAAGGUCCGGACGGUUGCAAUCUAUUCAUCUAUCACUUACCCCAAGAAUUUACCGAUACUGACCUGGCGUCGACGUUUCUUCCUUUCGGUCCCGUCAUAUCUGCCAAGGUGUUUAUAGAUAAACAGACGAAUCUGUCGAAAUGUUUCGGUUUCGUGUCUUUCGAUAACGGACAUUCGGCCCAACAAGCCAUAUCGGCGAUGAACGGAUUCCAAAUAGGCACCAAAAGGCUAAAAGUACAAUUGAAAAGAGCCAAGGAUGCCUCGAAACCUUACUAGCCAAAGAAGUGGGAAGGAAACCUAGUCAGUCAACGCCCGGGAAUUAUUUCAAACAUUUCGUCAUAUGAAAAGGUAUUAGGGGGGGCUUUGUCCGACUAGUCUACUAUCCAGCACAGUGCCAGUGCAGUGCGUCUCAGGAUCUAGCUGCUAUUUUUAUGAACUGUGAGAUAUUUUUAAUAGUUAACUGCGGUCGAAACGCCGCUUUAUAAAUUCAAAAUUAUGUAUAUGACGAGGAUGUUCGACUUUAUUUGGAUUAAACGGAGAUUUUGAUCGAAAAAAAUAAAAAAAUUGAAAAAAAUAAAAAAGAAAAACAAAAUGCUAGCGGCGAGGUAAAGUGAAUGGCCAGUAAAAUUUACGUCAGCUAGAAACGCCAAAAAAAAACAUACGACUGAAAAAAAAAUUUGUUCCGGGGCACGCAAAAUUCAUGUGCAAUUUAAUUGUGGGCCGAAACAAGAUACGAAACUAUAUAAUUUCAUUUUUAAAGUUUAUUAAUCGAAUUUGCUAAAAAUUUUUAAAAUUAAUCUACAUUUUUUAUCAUAUUUUUUAAUAAUUAUUGUUAUAAUUGCAGUGGGAAAAACAGGGGAGGGGGGCGUUGUACUAUUUGAAAUAUAUUUUUGCUUUUUUCUCCAUUCGAAUUCAUAUUUUUCCCCCAAUUUCAAAAAUAGACUGUUUUUCAUCAUUUCCCGAAUUUUGAAUAAUAGAAAUAGGGGGGGGGGCUUCAAUGUGGCAGAAAACUUCGCCAUUUUGCAUUCCUCUCUAAUCAAAUUCGUAUUUAUUCCCCUAAUUUCACAAAUGGAAUACUUGGUUCAUUUUUAUUUUUUUCUUCAUUUUUUUUUGAAUAUUUAAACCUAAAUUAAUUGCAAUAAAAAAUCGUAUUUUUGUAAUUUGGAAAAAAGCAUCAAUGUGACAAGAAACUUUGCCUUUUCUGUAUUUUUUUCCAAUUUUUCAUCGAGUUUUACUUUUUUUUUUCGUCAGUUGCAAUUAAAAUGCGUUUUUAUAAUUUCAAUAACAAAAAUUGGGGGGCACUUGAGUUAUUAAAAUUUUCAUAAUUCAAAUAAUAAAAAACAAAGGGCAUUGAAAUGAAAUCAAUUCCAAUAAUGAUGCCCCCAGGGGGGUUACUCCCUUCCAAAUAUUUUUCUCCCUAUAUUUGGUCUAUUUUUUGAAAUAGAAAGAAUUUUUCCAUAAUUUCAGUAAGAGGGGGCGUACAUUUUUUCUAUUUUUUUGCCCAACUUUACCCUGUUGAUUGAUUGAAAUGAAAAUCAUAUUUUUAUAAUUCAAAUAAUAAAAAUCAGGGGGCGCUAAUGUGUUUAAUUCAAAUUUUCUUCUUUUAUAUGACUUUUUUUCACAAUUUUUAUACACAAUUAAUUGAAAUAAAAUUAUUUUUUUCUUAUAAUUUUGAUAAUAAAAACCCAAGGGGAGUUUUACUAUUUCAAAUAAUUGAUUCACGUUUUCGUUUUUCUCUUUUUCACGUCCAAUUUUUCAAUUGUUAAUAAAUUGCAAUAAAACGAAUAUUAAUUAAAUUUAUUUCGGAUAAUUAUUAUCAAAAAUGAUAAAAAAAUGAAUAUAAAACGGAAUUUUUGGAAAAGAUACUUUAAAAAUAAAUGAAACACUGGUGGUUCCAUUAAAAAUAUAUAAAUUUGUAUUGUUGCUUUGGAACACCCUGUACGUACCUGAUGAUUCGCCCUGUUGUUGUUUAUCGUUUGUUUAUAUGUGAAAAUUUCAAUUUUCAGUUAGAUUAAAGGAAAAAACUAUACAGUUUGUCGUCCAUUUAUAUAAAAAUACAAAUUUUAUUAUAUUGACAAAAAAUGGGGUUUUUAAAUUUAGAAAAAAAAUUUUUCGCUUCUUAAAAUUUAAAAAAAUUGUGAUUAAUAAAACGUAAAUAAUUUUUCAAAAAUAAAUCAUUUUUUAUAGUUUUAUGAAAUUUUAGUUGCUUUUAAAUAUGAUAAUUUGUUGUAAAGGGGGUCAAAACAUAUAAAAAAAUAUAAUUCUAAUAAAUAAAUAGAAAAUAAUUCAAUUCCCAGAAUCAUUAUUAGGUUAAAAUCAAUAAUUUAGAAUAAAAUAUUUUUUUUGCAAUUUUUGGUUUUUUGUUAAAAUAAACUCUAUACAAAGGGACAAAAUUUAUUAAGUUUUUGAUCCAUUUGUAUAUGAAUUUUUUUAAUAAAUUACAAUUGUCCCAAUCUAUCCAAAUAAUUUGGUUAAAAUUCGAAAAAAUUCAGAAAUUAAUUCAUUAAAUUUUACCCCAAACGGUGUUGAGCUAAAUUUUUGUCUCGAACUCAAUUUAAAAAAAAUUCUAUUUAUUUCUUUACGAUUAUCCACGGAUAUUUUUCAACAUUCCCCACCUAUUUUAUAUCAAUUUUUUUUAUUUUCUAUAUUUUUCGAAUGUAUUGAAAAAAAUUUCAUCCUAAAUUUUCUUUUCGAAACUAAUAAAUUAUUAAUAAUAAUUUAAAAAAAUGAUUUUAUUGAAUUUUGUUAAGGAAACUGUUGAUUUUAGAAAAAAAUUACGACAUCCAAAAAUAUUUUAAAUAAUAUUAAAAAAAAGACGAAAAAUAAAAUUUCGAGUUUCCAUUUUCUGUAUUUUCUCGUUUAUAUUCAAAAGUAUUGGUAUUUUUAUUUUCGAUAUUUUUCGAAUGUAUUGAAAAAAAUUUCAUCUUAAAUUUUCUUUUCGAAACUGAUAAAUUAAAUAGAAUAAAUUAUUAAUAAAUUGAAAAAAAAUGAUUUUAUUGAAUUUUGUCAAGGAAACUGUUGAUUUUAGAAAAAAAUUUCGACAUCCAAAAAUAUUUUAAAUGUUCCGAUAAUAAAAAAAAAGAUGAAAAAUAAAAUUUCGAGUUUCCAUUUUCUGUAUUUUCUCGUUUAUAUUCAAAAGUAUUGGUAUUUUUAUUUUCGAUAUUUUUCGAAUGUAUUGAAAAAAAUUUCAUCUUAAAUUUUCUUUUCGAAACUGAUAAAUUAAAUAGAAUAAAUUAUUAAUAAAUUGAAAAAAAAUGAUUUUAUUGAAUUUUGUCAAGGAAACUGUUGAUUUUAGAAAAAAAUUUCGACAUCCAAAAAUAUUUUAAAUGUUCCGAUAAUAAAAAAAAAGAUGAAAAAUAAAAUUUCGAGUUUCCAUUUUCUGUAUUUUCUCGUUUAUAUUCAAAAGUAUUGGUAUUUUUAUUUUCGAUAUUUUUCGAAUGUAUUGAAAAAAAUUUCAUCUUAAAUUUUCUUUUCGAAACUGAUAAAUUAAAUAGAAUAAAUUAUUAAUAAAUUGAAAAAAAAUGAUUUUAUUGAAUUUUGUCAAGGAAACUGUUGAUUUUAGAAAAAAAUUUCGACAUCCAAAAAUAUUUUAAAUGUUCCGAUAAUAAAAAAAAAGACGAAAAAUAAAAUUUCGAGUUUCCAUUUUCUAUAUUUUCUCGUUUAAACACCCUGUAUAUAUUCAAAAGUAUUGGUAUUUUUAUUUUCGAAAUUUUUCUCGUAAUCUCUGCAUAUUUAAAAAAAAAUAAUCUCAAAGUUUCUUUUUGAAACUGAUAAAUUAAGUAGGAAGAAAUAUCGAUAAAUAAAAAAAUUGAUUUUAUUGAAUUUUUUUACUAAAAGCUUUGAUUUUAAAGAAAAAUUACCUAAUCCAAAAAUAUUGUAAAUGUUUAGAGAAUGUUAAAAAAAAAACGAAAAAAAAAAUGUUCGUCGUCAUUUUCUAUGUUUUCUCGUAUAAACACCCUGUAUAUAUUAAAAAGUUGAUGGUAUUUUUUGUUAUUUUUACCGUUUAAAAAAUUAGCUUGCCGCUAACGUUAUUUCACAAAACUCCGUUUAAUCUAAACCGAUUUUUUCUUUUAUUUUCUUGUUUUUUUUUCCUUUUAAUGGGGUUUAUUUAUGUCGUGUUGGUUCGACGAAGUUUUUCUUUUAUUUUUAUGUUGUUCGUGGCUUCUAGCGCGUAAAGCACAUCCUAUGUUGUUUAUUUACAUAUAUAAAAAAAUUUUGAAAAAAAUCUAGGCCAUAUAUAUGUGAAAAUAACGUUGAGUGAUUAAUUUCGUUUUUGUUUUGGAGUCUACCUAGUUUGUUGGUAGUGACUAUUUUUCCAGCCGGUUUAUUUUCACGUUAGUCGGACGAAUAGUUAUUGUUUUUAUUAUUAUUAUUAUUAUUAUUAUUAUUAAUAUCCGUUUCUUUUUCUUUUUAAUUUAUAUGAACAAGUGAAACAUCUGGAGCAUGAACUUUUUGAAUUGUACCUUUAUUUUUUAUUGUUAAUGAUUAAACCAAAGUACAGACCAAAAAAAAAAUAUAUCAACCGCUGUUUGUGUUAAUCCACCGCAGGGACUGUAUGUAAGUGGCGGGAAACGAACGCAACUCCAAAAAAUUUACAGCUACAUCCGUCGAUUUGAAUUUUAUAAAGUUUUAACUUGCAACAAACACCUAAAUAUGAAAAUAAUUCUACGAAUUAUUGGAGGUUUAAAUCGGUUUUUUUAAUACGUAUCACACUCUAAUACAACAAGGGUAGAGUCAUACUUUAUUCCUCAACGAUUGUGGUUGGCAAAAAAAAUGAAAUUAAAAAGUCCAAGAGGGUGAAAAAUUGAAAAAAUUCUUAUAAAAUGGACUCUGGGUGUGUUCAAACAAGUCGAAUAAUUAAAAUCAAAUUUGGGACGUGUACCAACAAGUCAAAUGUUUGAAAAAAGUUUAUGGAUGUGUGCUAACAUGUCAUAUUUUGAUAAUUACCUAAAUAGGUUCAAACGUCAAUAUUUAACUGUUUUCUCAAACUUGUUUUUAAUCGAAAUAGACCGAAAAUGAAGAGAAUUUAUCAAAAAAAUCAUAUUUGGAGGUCCAAAAAGUGAAAACAUUGGAAGAAAUUCUUGAAAACCGAGCAUUGGGUGUGAGCAAACAAGUCAAAUACUUCAAAUCAAGUUUUGGAUGUGUGCCAACAAGUCAAAUGCUCGAAAACAAUUUAUGAAUGGAUGCCAAAAAGUCAUUUUUUGAUAAUUACCGAAAAUAGAUUGAAACGUCAAUUUUUAUUGUUUUUCGAAAUUAAUUUUGUAUCGAAAUAGACCUAAAAUUGAGACGAUUUAUCAAAAAAAUCAUACAAAAAGAUCUAAGAAUUUAAAAAAAUUGAAGAAAUUCUUGACAAAUGAGUCAAAUUCUUAAAAUCAAGUUUGGGAUGUGUCCGGACAAGUCAUAUUUUGAUAAAGAUCGAAAUUGACGUAGAAUCAAGGCGUUUUAUAACAAAAUAUCAUAUUAUAAGGUCCAAAAAGUAAAAAAUCGGAGAAAUUAUCAAUAAAUCAACUGUGGAUGUGAUCAAACAAGUCAAAUUCUUAAAAUCGAGUUUGGGAUGUGUCCGGACAAGUCAUAUUUUGAUAAAGAUCGAAAUUGACGUAGAAUCAAGACGUUUUAUAACAAAAUAUCAUAUUAUAAGGUCCAAAAAGUAAAAAAUCGGAGAAAUUAUCAAUAAAUCAACUUUGGAUGUGAUCAAACAAGUCAAAUUGUUAAAAUCGAGUUUGGGAUGUGUCCGGACAAGUCAUAUUUUGAUAAAGAUCGAAAUUGACGUAGAAUCAAGACGUUUUAUAAAAAAAUAUCAUAUUAUAAGGUCCAAAAAGUAAAAAAUCGGAGAAAUUAUCAAUAAAUCAACUGUGGAUGUGAUCAAACAAGUCAAAUUGUUAAAAUCGAGUUUGGGAUGUGUCCGGCCAAGUCAUAUUUUGAUAAAGAUCGAAAUUGACGUAGAAUCAAGACGUUUUAUAACAAAAUAUCAUAUUAUAAGGUCCAAAAAGUAAAAAAUCGGAGAAAUUAUCAAUAAAUCAACUGUGGAUGUGAUCAAACAAGUCAAAUUCUUAAAAUCGAGUUUGGGAUGUGUCCGGACAAGUCAUAUUUUGAUAAAGAUCGAAAUUGACGUAGAAUCAAGACGUUUUAUAACAAAAUAUCAUAUUAUAAGGUCCAAAAAGUAAAAAAUCGGAGAAAUUAUCAAUAAAUCAACUGUGGAUGUGAUCAAACAAGUCAAAUUCUUAAAAUCGAGUUUGGGAUGUGUCCGGACAAGUCAUAUUUUGAUAAAGAUCGAAAUUGACGUAGAAUCAAGACGUUUUAUAACAAAAUAUCAUAUUAUAAGGUCCAAAAAGUAAAAAAUCGGAGAAAUUAUCAAUAAAUCAACUUUGGAUGUGAUCAAACAAGUCAAAUUGUUAAAAUCGAGUUUGGGAUGUGUCCGGACAAGUCAUAUUUUGAUAAAGAUCGAAAUUGACGUAGAAUCAAGACGUUUUAUAACAAAAUAUCAUAUUAUAAGGUCCAAAAAGUAAAAAAUCGGAGAAAUUAUCAAUAAAUCAACUUUGGAUGUGAUCAAACAAGUCAAAUUCUUAAAAUCGAGUUUGGGAUGUGUCCGGACAAGUCAUAUUUUGAUAAAGAUCGAAAUUGACGUAGAAUCAAGACGUUUUAUAAAAAAAUAUCAUAUUAUAAGGUCCAAAAAGUAAAAAAUCGGAGAAAUUAUCAAUAAAUCAACUUUGGAUGUGAUCAAACAAGUCAAAUUGUUAAAAUAAAGUUUGGGAUGUGUCCGGCCAAGUCAUAUUUUGAUAAAGAUCGAAAUUGACGUAGAAUCAAGACGUUUUAUAACAAAAUAUCAUAUUAUAAGGUCCAAAAAGUAAAAAAUCGGAGAAAUUAUCAAUAAAUCAACUGUGGAUGUGAUCAAACAAGUCAAAUUCUUAAAAUCGAGUUUGGGAUGUGUCCGGACAAGUCAUAUUUUGAUAAAGAUCGAAAUUGACGUAGAAUCAAGACGUUUUAUAACAAAAUAUCAUAUUAUAAGGUCCAAAAAGUAAAAAAUCGGAGAAAUUAUCAAUAAAUCAACUUUGGAUGUGAUCAAACAAGUCAAAUUGUUAAAAUCGAGUUUGGGAUGUGUCCGGACAAGUCAUAUUUUGAUAAAGAUCGAAAUUGACGUAGAAUCAAGACGUUUUAUAAAAAAAUAUCAUAUUAUAAGGUCCAAAAAGUAAAAAAUCGGAGAAAUUAUCAAUAAAUCAACUUUGGAUGUGAUCAAACAAGUCAAAUUGUUAAAAUAAAGUUUGGGAUGUGUCCGGCCAAGUCAUAUUUUGAUAAAGAUCGAAAUUGACGUAGAAUCAAGACGUUUUAUAACAAAAUAUCAUAUUAUAAGGUCCAAAAAGUAAAAAAUCGGAGAAAUUAUCAAUAAAUCAACUGUGGAUGUGAUCAAACAAGUCAAAUUCUUAAAAUCGAGUUUGGGAUGUGUCCGGACAAGUCAUAUUUUGAUAAAGAUCGAAAUUGACGUAGAAUCAAGACGUUUUAUAACAAAAUAUCAUAUUAUAAGGUCCAAAAAGUAAAAAAUCGGAGAAAUUAUCAAUAAAUCAACUUUGGAUGUGAUCAAACAAGUCAAAUUGUUAAAAUCGAGUUUGGGAUGUGUCCGGACAAGUCAUAUUUUGAUAAAGAUCGAAAUUGACGUAGAAUCAAGACGUUUUAUAACAAAAUAUCAUAUUAUAAGGUCCAAAAAGUAAAAAAUCGGAGAAAUUAUCAAUAA